AUGUGUUCUACAACAGUUAGUAACGUAUUGUACGGCUAUUUUGGCCUUAAUAAAAGUAAAUUGAAAUGGUCAGGAACUUUGGAAGACCUUAAAGCAUUUGUCCUCACGGAAAUUAGUGAAGAAAUAGCCGAAAAUACAUCAUGGCGUUCACCGAGUGGCGGGACAUGGCAGUUUGAUUCUAAGAUGCUAUCAGUUACAUGGCAUAGUAAAAGUGAAAAUAUUUACUUCAAAGGUGAAAAAGGCAGCGAUCUCACCACACGAGUAUAUUCCUACGUAAAUCUGGGGCUCGGGGAGAGUGAUCAAACGGUGGUGAGUGGAAGUCCUACAGAAACCGAGCUAGAAAAGUCCAUCGAAAGUCUGUUAGCUAGCAAGAAUGAACAUAUGAAUGAUAUUAGUAAAACUAAAGAUAUACCAACUAACGAGGGAGCUAGCGAGGAUGAGAAUACGAGUGAUAUUGAAAAAACCGAAGAUACAUCAACUAAAGAGGGUAAUCCUGUAAAGGCUUCAAAUCGACAUCUUGAUUUUAGUAACAGUAUUAUUCAUGAAGCCCAAAGUUCAAAGGAAGAAACGAACACAAACUUGUCAACAAGUGUAAAUUUGCAUAAAGAACCAAUGAAUUUGCAUAGAGUGCCUCAUUCCUAUAUUCCUUUGGGAGACCCGAACAAAAACUAUAAUCCAGAGUUUGAUACAUUAAAGAAAAUAAAGUUUAUUCGAUUAUAAUUCUCAAGAACACUGUCCAUGAAUUAAAGAAAGAGAAAUAUGACCUAAUCAAAGCUAACAACGACUUAAGAGAGAAGAACGAAGUAUUACAUCAAAAAAUUUCGGAUUUUAAUUUGACAGUACAAAGAUUGGAAGAUGAGAAGCAGAGUCUAAUCACAACCCUAAAGCUAGUUCAAAAGGAAACUCAAACUGUUCAGCUGGAUUUAAAUGACAGAAUGCAAAACCUUGAAAACGAAAAUAAGAGCUUAUCAACGGCAUUAACACUCUUGCAACACGAAUUAGAUAAUACUCAACAACAUAAAUGGAAAGUUGUAAAGACGAAGUAUAAUAAACCACCUCCAGAGACCCCAGCAGGAUCAAAUACUAUUGAAACAAAAAAUCAAUAUACAACCCUUAGGGUCACUGAUUCUGAACAUGACGAUAUUCCAGCAAGACUGAAUACCCAACAGAUUCUAGAUGAAACUUCGAAUACAACCAAACACAGCAACAUACAGAUGGUUGGAAAAAGCAGUGGUCCAUCAAAUUCUAAUGAGUCAAGUCGUGACUCACAACGUAGUCAACCUAGAAUAGCUAUCUUCGGAGAUUCGAUGAUUAAACAUUUGGACACCAAACGAAUGCAGAAUGGAUUGAAGAAAGGAAAAGUAACGAUUAAGACAUUUCCUGGUGCAGGUAUUGACCAAAUGAAGCAUUAUGCAGUACCAACUCUAAUUACCAAGCCAAAGACACUUAUAUUUCAUGUUGGAACCAACGACUUACAUUACAAAACACCAGAAAAUCUAAUAAAUGCAAUGAAUGAUCUUGGUGAAACGAUCCAUAGACAGAACAACGAUCUGGAACUUAUAUGGUCGGAAAUAAUAACUCGAACUGAUGAUCAAAACUUAGCAGAAAAG